AUGAAGGUGACAGGAGUGAACGCAGCGGCACAGCAGAUCCCUUUCCCAGCAGCUGCUGCAACGUUCUCGGGAAUUCUCCUCCUAUCCCAUGCUGACGUCACCCCGCCAGCUGUCACCUCCUCCUUGCGCCACAUGGCGCACGCACUCCUCUCUCUAGAGCCCCAUCCCAGCCACUCCCUCCUCCCUCUCUCCCUCCUCCUCUCCUCUCCCUCACUCCCUCAUCCCUCCUCCUCUUCCCAUCACCCAUUCGGAACCCCAGCUGUUACCCCUGCCACGACUAGCACCAGCAGCAUCAGAGCGGCCUCUGGUAAUGUUGGUGGGGGAGGCAGUGGCAGGAGCGAGGGUGGUGGCAGCACGGGCAUGGGUGGGGACUUCAUGGGGGAUCGGCACGUGUUGCCGGGAGGGAUCCUGCUGUUGCAGCAGAAGAGGGCUUCGGGGAAAUUCCGAACAGCACUUGAGGAGUUCCAUUUUGACCGGCAAGGGGCAGUGCACAUCGACGCACAGACCAGGGGUUCUGUGCGCACACCACAACAACCCUCCCCGCCCACUGAAUCACCUGUUACCGCGCCACAAACCACUCUUGCUACCGACAGCAGAAGCAAUGGCUCUAAAGUACCUCCCGACGUACCUCUUCCACAGGAACAGCCUGGCAUAGACACAGUUGUAGGGCCACACACAAGGGCGAGAGGGCAAGGGGAGGCUGCGGAUGUGGAUCCAAUCCGGGCGAAGGGAGAUCGGGUGCCAGAGGUCUCCUUCCGCCUUGAGCUUUCAGAGGAGGAGCGGGCAGCAAGAGAGAAAGUAGUGCUUCCAUACGAGCACCGAGGUGAAACUGGGCCAAUCAAGAUUUACGACGGGAGGAGGGGCCUUGCGCCAGGCCACAUCAAGGGAACAGCAAAGACUUUUGGGGAGAGUUCUGUUGGUGGUGUCUCAACUCGUAUGGCGGAGCUUGCAGUGGGCACCACUGGGGGCGAAUGGAGCGAAGGCGGGGGUGGGGGGUUGAUUCAUUAUGAACGUGAUUCGGAUGACGAAUACCCAGAUUCGGAUGAAGACCCCGACGAUGAUCUGGAUAUAUAG